GGCAAAAUCGGCAGCCGUGUCCAUGCACCAGCUUCUGAGCCCUUACACCCCAACCCCGUGGGGCUUCACCCCACUGAGGGCAGGGCCAGGGGCUGGAUUCCUGCUCCCUCCCUGCCACGUUCAAUCCUUGUUUCACCUUCAGUGCAGAGGCUGCCUCGCCAUCCCCACGCCUGGGGUAAAUAUUAACCCUGGAGGAUUUCUGCCCCUUUUCCUUUUCUUUUUAAUUCUCAUCAAAUGAAAGUGAAACAGUGCAAGCCUGAGGCUCUCCGGGGGAGCAAGCAGGUGAAGCUGCCGGAGGUGCUGGGCAGGAGGGGCCAGGACUUGCUACCACCCCCAGGAGCCCUUCUGCAGAGGGCAGAGCCCGACGGCGAGAGGCGCCGUGCCCGCAGGGAGCCCCCCGGCCUUGCAGGCGGAUGGAGGCAGAUGAGCUCGCCCUGACAGCCAGCCUGUCCGUCCCCAGGUCCCCUGCACGGAGCCUCUCUCCAGUCCCGUGGACCACAUCCAGGUUAUCCCAGCGGAGAGGAUCGGUGCCGGGUGACGACUGCCUACCUUUUUGGAAAACCUGUUGUUGAAAGACAAGAUGAGUAUAAAAAUGAAGUUGGGUCCAACAACAGUAGCCUCAGAACCAGCCUCUCCAACAAAGAGUGAAGGGAAGGAGAUGGAGGUUGCUCCAGAACUGGGCAGCCCGACUUUGCAUGAGAACAUAAAACUCUUUGAAAGAGGUCUUAAAACAAUGCUAAGCAUCCGGAAAUCCAAACGAAGCCUGAAGAAAGAUAAAGAACAGGAAGGCACUGGCACUUUGAGAAAAAAACGACUUUCUUUUCUGUCCUCCAAGACCUCUGAAGAGAACAAAACCACAGUCCCUACCGAUUUGGAGGAGAUUGUUGAUGCAAUAGAAACAGAGCCCAUUGAAGGAAAGCCUCUUUCAGUAAUGGAGAUAAACGAGCUUAUUCAGAAGCAGAAACUUCUAGAAGCAUUUGCAAGCAUCAAGUACAUGGAAGACGAGACGAUAGCCGAGCGGGAUGCGGACAAAUACAAGGACAACCCCCAGGAGUUUGUGAGGAAAACCAAGGACGUGGAUUUGCUUUACAACUCCAUCAAGAGCAUGAUCCAGUCCAUCGUGGUGGGAACGCUGGAGCAUCCCACUGUCGAGGAGGCCACGCUGGCCUCCCUGGUGACUUUAAUUGCCCGUGAAGAGGCAGCGCACCCCAACGCGGGCAGUGCUCUGGGGUCAGACUUGCUCGGCUCCCCCAGAAGGUGGAGGGAGGAGUGGAGGGAAGCUAUCAAUGAGAGCGCCAGAAAGAGAGUCCUGAGGGUGCCCAUGGCCUCUAAGGAAGAAGAGAGUUCCUGGCUUGAUCUCCACUUGUGUUUCCUCCAGAAACACCUGAGCGAAGACUUGCUGAAGAUCAAGUUGUCAGUAAAAAAGUGCUACCCAGAGGAGUACCAGGUGUGUGACAUCUACGUGGAGGCUUUCCACAAGGCCAUUGCCUCGCACUUGCAGGAUCUCUCCCAGCGGGUGCUGGAGUUCAACGAGCUCUACUCCUUGCUCGACUGGGUGGCCAACACCUACCACAGUGAACUCUUUCUUGGUCACCCUGAUCUCAAACCAGAAGUUAAGACAGAAAACCUGUCCCUGCUGCUCACACCGGCGGACUGGGAGAGACUGAAAAAUGACUACAUCACUUCUGUGAAGGGGAAAAUCGAGAGCUAUUUCGGAAACAUCCUGAGACUGGAGGUGACGGAGAAGUGGGAGAAGGAGGUUCACCCAGAGGUGGAGGACAACCUGUACCACUCCUCGCUCUCCUUUGACAUACAAACGAUCAUUGGGGAGCACAUGAAGAUUUCUGGAGCCAUCAGCAAAAGCCUGAAAGCAAAAACACUUGAGCUGUGCCUGGCUGAAUUGCACAAAUUCAUACCAAGGUUCGGGGAGGAGUUCAUGGAGUGGAACGCAGCCCGCGACAGCCCCGUGUUCGUGCCCUACUUCGCUGCCUACAUCAACAGCUUCCACGACCUGGUGUCAGGCUUGGAAACAGUGUUUAGAGUCAACACUGAGGAACUGCAAAAGAUUUUGGUGUCUCUGACAAAGAACUUCAGAAACAUGUUUCUAAAUAAAUUGAGAACAAAAACACAGCCACUCCUCAAGAAAAUCCUGACCAAGGACUGGAUUUUGGCAAUGGAAAAGCCGGACUCACUGGCUGCAGCGGUCUCACAGUUCUCCAAGCACCUGCAGCACACAAGGCAGCCCCUGGGGCAGGAGCUUCUACGUCAUGUUCAUAAGUAUGUGGUGAGGGAAUACAUUGUGCAGGUGAUCAAACCCAGGAGGAAGAUGAACAGGGAGACACGGCAGCAAGUUAAGGAAAGGAUGAACCAGGAAGCCAAAAUCCUUAAUAACAUGCUCAUCGACCAGGGCUCUGACUCCGACUGGCUCCUUCCUGCCAUACAUCACAUUGCCAAUAUCAUUGGGGAGAAGAAAAAAGACAGGAUCAAGGACUACGUCAAGGAACUGAGUCAGGAUUACCCGGACAUCAGGAAGGAGCACAUCCUGGCCAUCCUCACACUGCGGGGCCUGGGGUACACCAGGAGAGCGGCGAUUUUUCGGCAGAGCUUUCACUGCCCACCUGAUUGCCCUGAUGGCAGGGGUGAAAACACGCUCUUUGAUGAAGUCGACGUGUCGGCAGUCAUCAGCUGCUUCUGAAACACGACCAGCACAGCAGCUAGCAUCCUCCCUCCUCCUACACUGCAUCUCCAGCAUGAUCCCAAAGCUGCUACCCCUCCUUGCUCCACAAACACAACAUUAAAACCACUGUGGGAAAAGGGCCCUGGGUUCAGAAACCAAAGGCCACGGAUGCUCCAAGAGCCUGACCUCCUGCAAGGGCCCGUGGCAGCAAUGUCCACCCUGCACUCAAUAUACGGACUUUACUGCUAGGAAGCUUGUUUGGUCCAAGUUUGUGUCUCUUUUCGGAGAAGAGGAGAGAACCAAAAGGAGUUCACGCAGGGCUAUAUUAAGGCCUGUGUGACACCUAAUUACACAGCAGCACGAGGGCAACAGCCUCCUUCGUAAUUAGUGUCCCUGAGCAACCAAGGAGCAGAGCUUGGGCAGGGAUGUGGUAGCACCCAAACCUUACAUCCUGCCCCGUGAACAAGCUGCCCAUGCUGGUGUGACGUGAGGUGGGUGACAUUGUGACCUGACACCACACACCACUACCUUCCUGAGGAGCACAGCCUUGGAGGGUAACCAGACCCCAGGGCUGAGACACACAGUGCGUGGAGCACUGCGCUCCAGGAUGGGCCCUGUGGCCCUUGUCCCUUCUGGUGUUUCAGCAGAUUCUCCUCACUGCAAAUCUCAUGUUGGAUCCCUGACAUGUUCAUGCCAUCACACCCUCCCUGUGUGGGCAGAUGUGUCUGGAUCAGACAUGCCACGCAGAGUGAGGCUGCUAGUCCUCCUUGCCCAGGGUAAAAAGGGCCACCCCGUCCUUAUUCUGUUUUCUUGCAUGUACAAAUGUAUUUUAACAAAUCUGGUACAAUCUGACUGCAGUAUGAAAUUCAUGUGAGGUGGACAGGAACAGUGCUACAGACAGGAUCCUUCCUGGCAUGGACCAGCAUCACCCCUCUGAGCAGGAUGCACCAUCACCGAUUUAUUCUGCGAAGGACUCAAAGCAUUACACGCAGCGUCUGCAGGGCAGAAUGAAAGAGACAUCCAGAAGCCUACAGCCAUACGAAUCUAAUUUUAUUUAAUCCAAUUUGUCCUUUAGGUUGCCUUCUGCAGGACUUAAUCCAAGACUCUGUACGGAGACAUGUUUACGAUCUAUCAAUUAAUGUGAUAAAUGUGGACAGAGCAUAGCCUUGAGCACUAAUUUGUCUGCUGCAGACACUGGGAGAUUAAAUCACCAGUGCUGAGCCUCCUUCUUUUCCCUUGCUCCUGUUUUCACCUGAAUCAGCUUCAGCCCAUGCGAGCAGCAGGCGUGGUAACAGGCCAAGGGAUGUGCUCUGAUGGGUAAGAGAUUCAGAGUGCACCUUUAAUUGCAAUCAUCACUUGAAAGAAAAAAAUAAUAAUACAAGGCAGACUUGCUAACUUUGCAGGAAAAAUGAGGUGUUUUUCUAAAGAUGGCUUUGAAAAUUGGGUAUAAAUUUUGAGUCUGAGGCAGGAAAUCCUGGGAGGAAGUUUGUGCCUUCAUCAUUUUUUUAUAUAGCUCAUGACAAUUCCUGCAAAUCCUCAACUUUGGGACUCUCUGUUUUUGCUAUGGAGGAGGAGAACUGAUAUAUCAUUUGUAGAAGUGAUAUAUCAUAUCCUGGAAGAUGUGCAGA